AUGGCUCGAACAAAGCAGGCUACGCCUCUCCGGCGAGAACCAUCUUCUGAGUACUCUGGCAAACAUGAUCGUUUGCCACGAAGCAGAGAAGUCAGUGGAAUUCAUGAGAUGGAGGGGAAACCCAGCGACAUGGCCAAUGGCCGGGAGACGGCGCCUCGCGCCGACGUCAAGACCCCCGUUGUCGCAAAGAAGGAGGCCGGCAUCGUCACACUCAUAAUUGAUGUCGCCGGUAUCUACGCAUCCUUCUUAACAUGGGCCUACCUCCAAGAAAAGCUCACCACCACCACCUACGGCCCGGCCUCCUCCCCAGAGCGCUUCAAGUUCCCCGUCUUCCUCCUCACCAUACAAUCCCUGUUCGCCUCCCUCGGUGGCAAGCUCUUCUCGAUUAUGACCACCCCGCGCGGACAACCAACGCCGCCGCUGAUCCCCAACCGCGAGAUCCUCUUCCCACUCCUGCUCGUCGCCUUCACUAACGCGCUCGCCGCGCCCUUCGGUUACGCCGCGCUCGCCCACAUCGACUACAUCACGUACAUCCUCGCCAAGAGCUGCAAACUGCUGCCUGUCAUGUUCCUGCACAUCACCGUCUUCCGCAAGCGCUACCCGCUGUACAAGUACCUGGUCGUGGCAGCCGUGACGUGCGGCGUCGCCGUCUUCACACUCCACUCCGGCAGCCGCAAGCACAAAGCCUCCAGCCACAGCGGCCAGACCGCCUGGGGCAUGCUGCUGCUGGCCGUCAACCUGCUCUUCGACGGCCUGACCAACAGCACCCAGGACUACAUCUUCCAGAACUGGCGCGGCUACACGGGGCCGCAGAUGAUGGCCGCCAACAACCUGCUGGGGUCCGUCAUCACGGGCGGCUACCUGGUGCUCAGCCCCUGGCUGGUGCAGACCGGGCUGGGCGAGUGGUUCGGCAUGGACGUGACGGGCGGCGGCGCUGGUGAGCUGCAGGCUGCGCUGAGCUUUUUGGCGCGCCACCCGGCUGUGUGGAGGGACGUGCUGGGCUUUGCGCUGUGCGGCUGCGUCGGGCAGGUGUUUAUCUUCCACACCCUCUCAACCUUCUCCUCGGUCCUGCUCGUCACGGUAACAGUCACGCGCAAGAUGUUCACCAUGAUCCUCAGCGUGGUGGCCUUCGGCCACCGCCUCUCCCACAUGCAGUGGCUCGGCGUCGGCCUGGUGUUUGGCGGCAUCGGCGUCGAGGCGCAGAUCGCGCGCCGCGAGAAGCUCGCCAAGGAGGCGGCCAAGAAGAAGGGGGGGAAGAGCCAAUAA